AUGGUCUCACAUCAGGCUAAACAGGAAAAGCUGGCGCGCAAGCUGCUUCCCAACCAUUCGAUUCGAUCGGACGAACAGGAAGUAUCAUCUCAUCAGCGUCGGCGUCCUGGCUCCUCUUCGUUGCCUAGUUCUGAUAAAGUGGAGAUCGAGUGGUUCGAUUGGUUCGUCAUCCUUUCAUCUCACUUCCCAUACUUAACGAUGCCUCAUGGGCUUGGGGCUUUCGCGCUCGCGGUUCACCUUCCUGACACGAUUCUCAAGUUCACAGAACACCGAAAAGAAAAAUGA